CCUCCUCCUCCUCUUCAGGACGAGAGUGACAUGCGGAUCAGUUCCGAGUCUCCCUCGUGUAGGAGCCGGAAGUGAUGUCAAGUCAUGCCAUAACAACAACAGCAGCGCGGUCUUUGACAAUGUCAAUGAGGAGGGACUCGAAGGUACAGGCCUGAACAGAUUGUUGUAAAACUUGGCCAUUUUAAUACUGUAAAAAGAAUCCACCUGGCUAGAAGACAAAAUUAUAAGAAAACAGACUGACAAAAUGGAAUCGUCAACAAAUCUAGAUGUUGACACCCAGUUGAUUGUGGAAGACUGUGCUGGCAGCUAUAGCUUGUCUCAUAUGCCAGACAUUAAAGUGGAGCAUCAGCUUGAUUCCAGCGUUGAGGAAGGACCAGCUCAGAGUGUUGCCAUGGGAAUGAAGUUCAUUUUGCCCAACAGGUUUGAUAUGAAUGUGUGUUCUCGGUUUGUCAAGUCCUUGAAUGAAGAAGACAGCAAAAACAUUCAGGAUCAAGUGAACUCUGACCUUGAGGUGGCAUCUGUAUUAUUUAAAGCUGAGUGCAAUAUCCACACUUCACCUUCUCCUGGGAUUCAAGUAAGACAUGUCUAUACUCCAUCAACAACUAAGCAUUUUUCACCAAUAAAACAGUCGACCACUUUAACUAACAAGCACAGAGGAAAUGAAGUUUCUACAACACCUUUACUUGUCAACUCUCUAUCUGUUCAUCAGCUGGCAGCUCAAGGAGAAAUGCUUUAUUUAGCCACACGCAUAGAGCAAGAAAGUGUCAUCAAUCAUACUGAUGAAGAAGGUUUUACUCCUUUGAUGUGGGCAGCAGCUCAUGGACAAAUAGCAGUGGUAGAAUUUUUACUGCAAAAUGGUGCAGAUCCACAGAUUCUGGGAAAAGGACGGGAGAGCGCAUUAUCAUUGGCUUGUAGUAAAGGAUACACAGAUAUUGUCAAGAUGCUGCUUGACUGUGGAGUUGAUGUAAAUGAAUAUGAUUGGAAUGGUGGCACACCUUUGCUUUAUGCAGUACAUGGGAACCACGUAAAAUGUGUCAAAAUACUCUUAGAGCAUGGUGCUGAUCCAACCAUAGAGACAGAUUCUGGAUAUAAUUCUAUGGAUCUGGCCGUAGCCCUUGGACAUCGUAGUGUUCAACAGGUUAUUGAAUCACAUUUAUUAACACUACUUCAAAACAUCAAAGAAUAAUGUCAUACCUAUGGAUUAAGGCUACAUAUAUGAAGACCUGGAGUUUUUGUUUUAGCACUUGUCAACAUCAUAAAGACUUUGUUUUUUUAAUUUAUUAUCCCUUUGUCUGACCAUUGAUGGAUAGAUUCUUACCUAAAGACUGCAUACCAUAUUUAUGAGUAAUGUUGCAGUUGAAGAAAAUGCUGCCUUGGAGUGUAGUGAAUUCUCCUCUGGAGGUUUUUAAAGAGUAUGGAUGGCCAUCUGCCAUGACUGCUUAGGUUGGAAGUCCCUGCAUGGCAGGGGGUUGGAGUGGAUGGGCCUUGUGGUCUCUCCCAAUGUUCUGAUUCAAAGUUGGCAACUGCAACUUGACAUUUUGGCACUUUCUUAUUGCACUCAUAAGAGCAGUUAACAGUGCUGAAGCUCUGCUAUAGACUGGUCUACUUGUGGCUCCAUGGAAGUAUUUCCCGACAGUUAUCAAGCAUGACCAAACUGUCAAAAACAAUUUGGUCAAGAAUAUUGAGUAAAACACCCAUCUAUUUAGCCAAGAAAGGUUUGAAAUAUCAAACACUUUACAAUCCAUUAAAGUUGGGUUUAAUCUGCCAUUCUUAUGUUGGUAAUAUUUUAAGAGUGUUCCAUUUCAAUCAUUUGACUGACAUUACUAGUCAUCUGUAAAGCCAGAUCUACCCUACUUGUAAAAAUGUCAUAUUCUACAUAACUGUUCAAAAAGGAAUGAUGGGAGAAUUCUGUAUACAGAAUACCAUAUUUCAUUCUGUCUAAUGCACUGUGUACUUUUAUACAUUUUUUUCUAGUAGGCUGUAAGUUAACCUUCAUAAUGAAUUAAAAGCAUACAAGCCAAUGUUUAGACUACUGUAUUUCUGCAAAUGGUAUUGAAAUAUAUUGGAAUUGUGAGAGAAGGCCUCCUUGUUAUCUUAUUUGUACUUUAAUACAAAAAUUUAUGUAAGACUAAAAUAGCCAACCAGUUCUUAAGUGAAUAAAUUGACAAACAUUACUGGAGGUUAGAAGAGGGGACAGAUUUCAGUCCAUUUCUUAGCAACCAACUGCAUUUCUUUAUUGGGUACAAAUGGAACCAGCUGUACUCUGAGCUUCUGGUGCUGAUGGAUUCUAGGGAUUGGUAGUUUUAAAAAGAUUCUAGUCUCUCAUUCUGCAUUAGAGACAUAACCUUGAAGUUACCAGAUAUACAUAAACUGACUGUGCUAUCAACUAGUUUAUUUGGAUCUAUCAAUCAUUUUGUUAUUGCCAUUGUUUUCAUUGCUUUUAAAAAUUUCACGAGCAUUUCUGCAAGUUUGAAAUUCAAAGGCUUUGACAAUAUUAUGCAAUAUCUGCACGGUCAUAGAUUUCCCUGCCCUGACUUCAAUGAAGAUACAAAGAAUAUGCUUGAAUAAAGCAACUUGAAUUAAGUGUGGUCAUUCUAGCAGUGUUUACUUGGAAAUAAAGUCAUUUGAAACAAA